GUUUGUUCCACCCCCAACCCUGUGAGGUGUCAUUGUUUAUACUGUUGUGGAGUCUUAUACUGUCAACCAGGGUCCUUAUGGCCAAGUAAGCCCUCAAGUGGCUGAAUGGACUCAAAAGACCCAGAACAGAAAAGCCCUUGCUUGGGCCUUUCUGUACCCCAAAAGGCGGGUCCCGGGAUGGCAUCUGCACUGGGGAGGAAUAGUGAGCACAGAGGAUGCCGGGGGUUUAGCCUUGACAGGAGUUGGGGGUUGUUAAGAAUUAGGGAUACCAGCUGGGCAUGGUGGCGCACGCCUUUAAUCCCUUAGCAGGCGGAUUUCUGAGUUCAAGGCCAGCAGGGCGCACCCCUUUAAUCCCUGAGGCAGGAGGCUGCUUGCCAUACAAAGGCCAAGAAGUAGAGAGGCGCUAGGCAGUGGUGGCGCACGCCUUUAAUCCCAGCACUUUGGAGGCAAAGGCAGGUGGAUUUCUGAGUUUAAGGCCAGCCUGGUCUACAGAGUGAGUUCCAGGACAGCAGGGCUACAGAGAAACCCUGUCUCGAAAAACCAAAAAAAAAAAAAGAAUUAGGGAUACCUGGUAGGCAAAUAAGAACACAAUUGAGAUAUAAUGCUGCUGACAAGCUGGUGAAUUGACUUAUUGACAUGUGAGCUUUUGUAAUUUGGGAGUUAAGGUGCUUAUAUAGAUUUGAUUUAGCCCUACUUUUAUAUGAAAUUAUAUAAGAAAAUUGGGUUAUAAAAUUUAUAGGGGGGGUGGGUAAACACUUUUUUUGUGUGUGCUAACAUCUUUUGUGAUAUAGAGUAAAAUAGAUUUAGAACAGAAAAAAGAAAUUACAUAAUUUUCUAUAUAAAAAUUUUAUAGCAAGCAUUAUUUUUUGAUUAUUAGUUUUUAGUGAGGUUGGGGCAGCAAUAUUGUGGUUAUAAAGUUAGUAUUUAUGGUUAUAUAAAAGGGCAAACAUAAGGUUACAUUGCUGACCCUGCAGUUUUUAUAAUUUUUGGGCCCUACUUGCUUGUUUAUAAAAAUAGUUUUAUUUAAUUUAUAUAGAGAAUUUUUAGGGGGCUGCUACCAUUGUUUUUAAAUUUAAGGAACCCAUUGCUAAUUUUUUGGGAAAUAUUUAUAUAUUAUUUUAUUUUUAAUUAAUUAUUUUAUUUUUAAUUUUUAAUUUUAUAAUAAAAAUACUUAAUUAUAUAGAAUUGAGAUUAAGACUGGGGGAACAGCUGCAGAAUUAUUUAUUUUUGCUUCUAGCUUUAGGUUAUUUUUAUUUUUAUUCAGAGCGAGUGAUUGUAAUAUUUUUUUGAAUUUAUGAAUGGCCUCUUUAAUAUUAGCAACAUAUAAUUUUUAGAUAUUAAGCAGGCUUCUCUUAGAUUUUUUCAGGUCACUAAAUACUGGUUUAAUUAAGGAAGGAAGGAAAGGAAUAGCAAAUAGAUAAAGGAAAUAUUAAGUAUUAAGAAUAAUUGCAGAAAUGACAUCACGAGUUGCUUGCGCCAAAGAAACAGGUCUUGUGACCUCUCAGUACUCACUCAUACUGGGGCUCACAAGAGGCCAUCACCUCGCAUUUUGAAACAUGGUACCCCUGGCAGGCUUUUCUUUUUUGUCAUCAGGAGUCCCAGGCAUUUUGAGCUUAAUGUGGAGAUGUCUCCAACAAGAGGAUGUUUUCAGUCCCCUGGCUUGAGGAGGGUAAGGGACCUUUGAGGCUGCAGAGUAACACACCGAGGAAAAGAGGGAGGCGUCACUAUGAGCCUACUGGACUCUGCCUCCAGGCCUGAGAAGAGCAGGGAUCCUUCUUCUCUUGUCAUUCUCUUGACAGCUGAGUAGCUUCUGCUAAGUUUUUCCAUCACAGUCAUUGAAGAGGCACUUAGUGAGCCUAGGCAGUGACCUAGGCCCUCCUCUUGGUACCAGGAGGGUAUAAAAGUGUUUAUGAGCUGAGCCAGGAGUGCCAGCCUAUGAUUGUAGCUGAUUGUGGGACUGAGACAGAAGAUUUGAAAGACCAAGGCUGACCUGGGCUGCAGAGGGAGACCCUGCAGACAGUAAAAAGUUGGGAGUGUGCAUCUGUGUUGUGGCGCUUGCCUCAAACAAAUGAGCCUCUGGGUUCACUUUCCUGAAUAUCACUUGGCAUGUGGCAGAUCAGCCAUGCUCGACAGUUGCCAGAGAGGAAGUUCCAAGUCAGGAAAGCCAUGUCCCAGCAGCCUUGGAGCAAGGCAGGUCCCUUGGAUAUGGAAACUGUCAAGGCAGGCCUGGUUGUACACAUCUGUCUCCUAGCUAUGCAAUAAUAGCCUAAAGCAGAAGGGUUGUGACUGAGUCCAUCUGGGCUGCUGAGCAGGGUCCUAAACCAAAUCAGGAGUUAGGAGCCUGGAGGACCCAUGUAAAGGAGAGGCCUCAAACCACACAGUGUCUCUCCAUGUGAGUGGCCCAUACCUGGCCAAGCUGUGUCAGUGCUGUGUGUCUGCUGGCUUCACUGAGCUUCUCCCUUGCAGCUGCACAGGGCUAGACUUCUCCUUUGAGCGCUCUGAGGAGCUGGAUGUUAACGCUUUUGAGGACAUCAUGGCUUUCUAUGAGAGCAGGAAGUAAGUAGCAGCCUUCGCACCAAGACCAGGGAGGCACAGGCCAGGGCCACCAUCUGGGAGCUCAGAGCAGCAUCCUUCCUGGGGACACACUGCCACAUUUGGCCAUGUCAGGGCAUAUGUGGGGCUGGUAGGAGCCCCUGCUCUGAGCUUUCUAGACAGGAAGGCUGUGCAGCAAGUAAAGGGACCCAUUAACCCAGUGUCACCCAUGUCGUUUUUUGCUCUUGUGCCUCCCUGGAGGGCGAGGGGACAGAGCGAUUUGCAUAACCAAAUCAUCAAGAGCCUCAAAGGACUGCCAUGGCAGGGCGAGGACCCGAGGAGGCUUCUCCAGUCCCUCAGUCUGUUCCAGAAGCCCCGCACCUCCUUCCUAACCUGCUGGACUCGAAGUCCCUGAGGCUCAUCAUCAGCAUGACACUGCAUGACCGAACUACCAAGUCACUGCUGCACCUGCACAAAAAGAAGAAGCCACCUAGCAUCAGUGCACAGUUCCAGACAUCUCUUAACAAGCUGUUGGAGGCACUGGGCAAGGCCGAGCCCUUCUUCAUCCGCUGCAUCCGCUCCAAUGCCGAGAAGAAGGAACUUUGCUUUGAUGAUGAACUGGUGCUGCAGCAACUGCGCUACACAGGCAUGCUAGAGACUGUGCGCAUCCGACGCUCUGGCUACAGCGCCAAGUACACCUUCCAGGACUUCACGGAGCAGUUCCAGGUGUUGCUGCCCAAGGAUGUCCAGCCCUGUAGGGAGGCCAUUGCUGCCCUGCUGGAGAAGCUGCAGGUGGACAGGCAGAACUACCAGAUUGGAAAGACGAAGGUCUUCCUGAAGGAGACAGAGCGUCAGACCCUGCAGGAGAAGCUGCAUGGUGAGGUCCUGCGUAGAAUCCUGCAGCUGCAGAGUUGGUUCCGUAUGGUGCUGGAACGCAAGCACUUUGUACAGAUGAAGCAUGCUGCCUUGACCAUCCAGGCCUGCUGGCGGUCUUACCGUGUGCGCCGUGCACUGGAAAGGACGCAGGCAGCUGUGUACCUGCAGGCUGCCUGGAGGGGCUACCUGCAGAGACAGGCCUACCACCACCAGAGGCAUAGCAUCAUCCGCCUGCAGAGCCUCUGCCGUGGCCACCUGCAGCGCAGGAGCUUCAGCCAGAUGGUGUCAGAGAAGCAGAAGGCAGAGCAAGCCAGGGAGGCAGCAGGAGGAAAGCUGUCAGAGGGUGAGCCUGGCCCCGUGGCCGCUGGGGAGCAGCUAUCUGAGCACCCUGUGGAAGACCCUGAGAGCCUGGGUGUGGAGGCUGAAACCUGGAUGAACAAGUCCCCAGACGGCAUGUCACCUAAGAAGGAGACACCCAGCCCAGAGAUGGAGACCGCAGCCCAAAAGACAGUGCCAGCUGAAAGUCAUGAGAAAGUCUCCAGUAGCCGAGAGAAGCGAGAGUCACGGCGGCAACGAGGGUUGGAGCAUGUUGAACGACAGAAUAAACACAUCCAAUCCUGCAGGGAGGAGAGCAGCACCCACCGAGAACCUUCCAGAAGGGCAAGCCUGGAAAUAGGGGAAAGCUUCCCUGAGGGCACAAAGGGACCCAGAGAAGAUGGACUUGAGGCAUGGACUGAGACCACAGCCCCCUCUAGUUCAAAGCAGGCACAGGUUGUGGGAGACCCACCUGGGAGUCCCAGUCCCGUGCAGAGGCCCACCACCCUGGCCCUAGACAGUAGGGUUAGCCCAAUGCUCCCCAGCAGCUCCCUGGAGGUUAGCCCAGUGCUCCCCAGCAGCUCCCUGGAAUCCCCCAAAGAUAAGGACAAGGAUGAGAGCAGCACCAAGGCUCAGGACAAGCCCGAGAGUCCCAGUGGCUCCACCCAGAUCCAACGAUACCAACACCCAGACACAGAGCGGCUGGCCACUGCUGUAGAGAUAUGGCGAGGCAAGAAGCUUGCCAGUGCCGUGCUGAGCCAAUCCCUGGACCUGAGUGAGAAGCACCGGGCUACAGGGGCAGCCCUGACUCCCACAGAGGAGAGGCGCAUCUCUUUCUCCACCAGUGACGUCUCCAAGCUGUCCCCAGUCAAGGUACAGACUUCAGCUGAAAUCGAUGGGGACUUUAGCAGCAAGAAGCCAUCCAUCCAUAAGAAGAAGUCAGGAGAUCCAUCCGCUGGUCCUGAUGCAGGCCUGUCUCCAGGCUCCCAGGGUGACUCUAAAUCUGCAUUUAAGCGGCUCUUCCUGCACAAAGCCAAGGAUAAGAAGCCCAGCCUGGAGGGUGUAGAGGAGACAGAGAGCAAUGGAGGGCAGGCUGCACAGGAGACCCCGGCCAGGAAGACUCUAGACGUACCUUCUAGCCAGCAGCACCGCCAUACCACAGGUGAGAAGCCCCUAAAAGGGAAGAAGAACCGAAAUCGCAAAGUUGGCCAGAUCACAGUGUCCGAGAAGUGGCGAGAGUCAGUGUUCCGUAAGAUCACUAAUGCCAAUGAGCUCAAGUUUCUGGACGAGUUCCUGCUCAACAAGGUGAAUGACCUUCGCUCACAGAAGACACCCAUCGAAAGCUUGUUCAUUGAGGCCACUGAGCGCUUCAGGAGCAACAUCAAGACCAUGUAUUCGGUGCCUAAUGGGAAGAUCCAUGUAGGCUACAAGGACCUGAUGGAGAACUACCAGAUCGUUGUCAGUAACCUGGCUGCCGAGCGUGGGGAGAAGGACACCAAUCUGGUCCUCAAUGUCUUCCAGUCACUGCUGGAUGAGUUCACCCGCAGCUACAACAAGACUGACUUUGAGCGGGCCAAGCAGAGCAAAGCCCAGAAGAAGAAGCGGAAGCAGGAGCGUGCUGUCCAGGAACACAAUGGACAUGUGUUUGCCAGCUACCAGGUGAACAUUCCACAGUCAUGUGAGCAGUGUCUGUCCUACAUCUGGCUCAUGGACAAGGCUCUACUGUGCAGUGUGUGCAAGAUGACCUGCCACAAGAAAUGCGUGCACAAGAUUCAGAGCUAUUGCUCCUACACUGGAAGGAGGAAGAGUGAGCUGGGUGCCGAACCAGGCCACUUCGGUGUGUGUGUAGACAGCCUGACCAGUGACAAGGCCUCCGUGCCCAUUGUGCUGGAGAAGCUUCUGGAACACGUAGAGAUGCAUGGCCUGUACACUGAGGGCCUUUACCGCAAGUCAGGAGCUGCCAACCGGACACGGGAAUUACGCCAGGCACUGCAGACAGACCCUGCUGCAGUUAAGCUGGAAGACUUCCCUAUCCACGCUAUCACCGGGGUCCUGAAGCAAUGGCUUCGUGAGCUGCCUGAGCCACUCAUGACUUUUGCCCAGUAUGGAGAUUUCCUCAGGGCUGUUGAGCUUCCAGAGAAGCAGGAGCAGCUGUCUGCCAUCUAUGCAGUCCUGGACCACCUGCCAGAAGCCAACCACACCUCCCUGGAGCGACUCAUCUUCCACCUUGUCAAAGUGGCCCUGCUUGAAGAUGUGAACCGCAUGUCUCCGGGAGCUCUAGCUAUCAUCUUUGCACCCUGCCUGCUUCGCUGCCCUGACAACUCCGACCCCCUGACCAGCAUGAAGGAUGUACUGAAGAUCACCACGUGUGUGGAGAUGCUCAUCAAAGAACAGAUGAGGAAGUACAAGAUGAAGAUGGAGGAAAUCAACCACCUGGAGGCUGCUGAGAGCAUUGCAUUCCGCAGGCUCUCCCUGUUGAGGCAGAAUGCUCCGUGGCCUCUCAAACUGGGGUUUUCAUCACCCUAUGAGGGGGUCCGGAUCAAAAGCCCCAGGACCCCAGUGGUCCAAGACCUGGAGCUGGGGGCUCUCCCCGAGGAGGCUGCAGGUGGCGACGAGGACCGAGAAAAGGAGAUUCUCAUGGAGAGGAUCCAGUCCAUCAAGGAAGAGAAGGAGGACAUCACAUAUCGACUGCCGGAGCUGGACCCACGGGGUUCUGAUGAGGAGAACCUUGACUCAGAGACAUCGGCCAGCACUGAGAGCCUGCUGGAGGAGAGGGGCGUGCGGGGGGCCGUGGAAGGGCCCCCCGCACCUGCUCUCCCCUGCCCCAUUUCGCCCACCCUGAGUCCCCUCCCCGAGGCCGCCGCCCCUCCACGAGGAAGGCCGACAUCCUUCGUCACGGUCAGAGUGAAGACACCUCGGAGGACCCCCAUCAUGCCCAUGGCCAAUAUCAAGCUCCCUCCGGGCCUGCCCUUGCACCUGACAAGCUGGGCACCUGCUCUCCAGGAGGCUGUUGUUCCAGUGAAGCGCCGAGAGCCACCUGCCCGCAGACAGGACCAGGUACAUUCCGUAUACAUCGCCCCUGGGGCUGACCUGCCAUCACAGAGUACACUGAUAGCCCUGGACCAUGAUACCAUACUUCCUGGGACCAAGCGCAGGUAUUCGGACCCCCCUACCUACUGCCUGCCCCCCAGCUCCGGCCAGGCCAAUGGCUGAGGACCAUGACUGGCAGUCUGCAUCUCCUAACAUCCCCGAACUGGCAUCCCAGCUGUGGAGCUGGCCUUCACUUUCUGAGAAGGAUCUAGAAUGAAAAGCUCCCAAAGGGAUGCAGUGGCCAGCUCUGUGUGUUGUGGAGACUGGGAGCUGCUGGCCAGGAGCCAUCAGAGCCCCAACCUGCACAGCAGUGGCUCCUUUGUCCUUUCAGUAACUGUUUCUCUUUUUGUGGUUUACAUAACUUUUAAGUUCAUAACAGCCUUAAUGGAGGACCAAACUUUUGUAUUUGUAUGUCUGAACUUUUAUAUUAACUCUGCACCCUUGUAACCUGGACAUGGGCAGGGCAAGCCUGCAAAGUGGACAUGUGGGCUACAGAUGACUGCUGCACUCACUGCAUAGUGGUAGAGAGUGAACUCACAGGACGUCUGUCCAUCUUGAAUGCCUCCCAGCAGUAGUCAUCUGCCCAGAGAACCUUCCAGAGAUUGCUGGAGCUUUCCACAGCUGAAGGCAGGACAGGAGUGGGAAGUCCCUGAGUGCCAGGGAAGCCUGAAUGUAGCUUACAGCUCUGCCCACUGUGCCUGUGAAAUGCACGGAGCCAGGGACUUGGAACCUUUAGGAACAAUCAGUGCAUCCGGUGACAGCCUGGGUUCUUUAGAGGCUGGCUCUCUUCUCAGGCUCUACCCAGUCCUGGAGACAAGGAAGCCCCACAGGAGGUGUGAAAUAAAAGUACUUGAGAAGGGUUA